GGUUUUAUUGAACCGACCCAAGAAAACUCUGAGACACAAACAUAAAGGAACAGAAACUCAUAAACACAAAACAAAAAAACAAAUCUCAGAAAGAAAAAAAAAAGUUCAGACGCAGAAACUUCAACAACAAACGAAGAAGAAGCAUUUCCAAACUCUUGUUUGUCAAUUCUCUUCCUCUUCUCGUCAAGAAGGGACAUUGGAGCAUGAGCUUGCAACAAAGACGAGAAAGGAGGGAAGGGUCGAGGUUCCCUUCACACCGUCCUCCUCGCCAAGAAUGGAUUCCGAAAGGAGCUGGAGCAUCCAGCUCCGCCUCCACCACAUCCACCACCACCACCGCCUCCACCACCACUGCCGCCGCCGCCACCACAACUGUUGACCAACCUACAAGUUUGCACUCUCAUGAGAAGAACACUAAUAGUGAUGGUGGUUCAUCCAAUCAAGGGGCUGUUGUUGCUCCAACAUUUGCUAGGCAUAGAAGUAAUCACCAUGUUGCUCAUAGGGUGGAAAGGGAACAUGUUGCUCAUAGGACGGACAGGGAUCAUGUUGCUCACAGGGUGGAAAGGGAACGUGUUGCGCACAGGGUGGAGAGAGAACAUGUUGCCCAUCGCAUGGAAAGGGAACAUGUUGCUCACAGGGUGGAGAGGGAACAUGUUGCUCAUCGUGUGGAGAGGGAACAUGUUGCUCAUAGGGUGGAAAGGGGUAGAGGGAGGAGUGGGAAUAUGGCGGGGAGGCAAUAUGGAUCAAGGGACUCUAGCUUGCCUCAAUUAGUGCAGGAGAUUCAGGAGAAGCUCACGAAAGGUACCGUGGAGUGCAUGAUUUGUUAUGAUAUGGUUCGUAGGUCCGCGCCUAUCUGGUCUUGCUCCAGUUGCUACUCUAUCUUUCACCUGAAUUGCAUCAAGAAGUGGGCUCGUGCGCCCACCUCAGUUGAUUUAUCGGCGGAGAAGAAUCUAGGGUUUAACUGGCGGUGUCCUGGUUGCCAGUCUGUGCAACAUACGUCUUCAAAGGAUAUUAAGUAUGCUUGCUUUUGUGGGAAGAGGGUUGAUCCUCCGUCUGAUUUGUAUUUGACCCCUCAUUCAUGCGGCGAACCGUGCGGGAAGCCUCUUGAAAAGGAGGUGUUUGUUACUGAAGAGAGAAAGGACGAGCUUUGCCCUCAUGCUUGUGUCUUGCAAUGCCAUCCGGGUCCGUGUCCUCCAUGUAAAGCAUUUGCCCCUCCUCGUUUGUGCCCUUGUGGGAAGAAAAGAAUUGCUACUCGCUGCUCUGAUCGGCAGUCAGAUCUUACCUGCGGUCAGCGCUGUGAUAAGCUUCUUGAUUGUGGACGUCAUCACUGUGAAAAUGCAUGCCAUGUGGGUCCUUGUGAUCCUUGUCAGGUGCUAAUUGAGGCCUCUUGCUUUUGCAGUAAAAUGACACAGGUUCUUUUUUGUGGGGAGAUGGCUAUGAAAGGUGAAUUUGAAGCAGAAGGUGGAGUUUUUUCUUGUGGUUCCAAUUGUGGAAAUGUGCUUGGCUGCAGUAAUCAUAUCUGCCGCGAGGUUUGUCAUCCGGGAAGCUGCGGUGAAUGUGAAUUUUUACCAAGUCGGGUUAAGGCAUGCUGCUGCGGGAAAACAAAGUUGGAGGAUGAACGCAAGAGUUGUGUGGAUCCGAUACCUACCUGCUCAAAAGUAUGCAGCAAGACCCUUCGUUGUGGGGUACAUGCUUGUAAGGAGACAUGCCAUGUCGGGGAAUGUCCACCGUGUAAGGUCCUAAUUUCACAGAAAUGUCGUUGUGGCUCAACUUCCAGAACUGUGGAAUGCUAUAAAACAACAGAGAAUCAGAAAUUUACUUGUCAAAAGCCGUGUGGGGCAAAGAAGAAUUGUGGAAGGCACCGGUGUAGUGAAAAGUGUUGUCCAUUGUCUGGUCCAAAUAAUGGUUUGACUACUCCGGAUUGGGAUCCUCACUUUUGUUCCAUGCUGUGUGGGAAGAAGCUGAGAUGUGGUCAGCAUGUGUGUGAAACGUUGUGUCACAGUGGUCAUUGCCCACCUUGUCUUGAAACAAUCUUCACUGAUUUAGCAUGUGCUUGUGGUAUGACUUCAAUUCCUCCUCCUCUACCUUGUGGUACAAUGCCUCCCUUAUGUCAGCUUCCAUGUUCGGUUCCUCAGCCGUGUGGCCAUUCAGGCUCUCAUAGCUGCCAUUUUGGAGAUUGCCCUCCUUGUUCGGUGCCUGUGUCAAAAGAAUGUGUCGGUGGCCAUGUCAUUCUUAGGAACAUACCUUGUGGCUCAAAUAAUAUUAAAUGCAAUAAUCCCUGUGGAAGGACUAGACAAUGCGGUUUACAUGCAUGUGGUAGAUCAUGUCACUCCCCACCUUGUGAUAUUCUACCUGGUAUUGUGAAAGGUUUACGAGCGGCAUGUGGACAGACAUGUGGUGCUCCAAGGAGUGGCUGCCGGCACAUGUGUAUGGCUCUCUGUCACCCUGGAUGUCCUUGUCCCGAUGCAAGAUGUGAAUUCCCCGUUACAAUUACUUGUUCUUGUGGCCGCAUAUCAGCGAAUGUUCCUUGCGAUGUUGGUGGUAAUAACAGUAAUUAUAAUGCUGAUGCGAUUUUUGAAGCUUCGAUCAUUCAAAAAUUGCCCAUGCCACUUCAACCAGUCGAUGCAAAUGGCCAAAAAGUUCCUCUUGGACAAAGAAAGCUGAUGUGUGACGAAGAAUGUGCUAAGUUGGAGCGUAAAAGGGUUCUUGCUGAUGCCUUUGACAUCACUCCAAGUCUUGAUGCUCUCCAUUUCGGUGAGAAUUCUUCUUAUGAGUUGCUUUCUGACACGUUUAGACGUGAUCCAAAGUGGGUUUUGGCUAUUGAGGAGAGAUGCAAAAUAUUAGUACUUGGGAAAAGCAAAGGAACUACACAUGGUUUGAAAGUCCAUGUCUUUUGUCCUAUGAUAAAGGAUAAAAGAGAUGCAGUGAGAAUGAUUGCUGAAAGAUGGAAGCUUGCAGUAAACGCUGCUGGUUGGGAGCCAAAGAGAUUCAUCGUAAUUUCUGCCACUCAAAAAUCGAAGGCCCCGGCUCGUGUGCUUGGUGUUAAGGGUACCACAACUCUAAAUGCGCCACUUCCUACUGCAUUUGAUCCCUUGGUUGACAUGGACCCACGGCUUGUUGUCUCGUUUCCAGACUUGCCAAGGGACGCCGAUAUUAGUGCCUUGGUUUUGAGAUUCGGCGGUGAAUGUGAGCUUGUUUGGUUGAAUGACAGGAAUGCUUUGGCCGUCUUUCACGAUCCUGCCCGAGCUGCAACUGCGAUGAGGAGGUUGGAUCACGGAACAGUUUAUCAGGGUGCUGUUUCGUUUGUCCAGAAUGCUGGAGCAUCUGCAGCGUCUUCGGUUACCAGUGCCUGGGGAGGAACAAAAGAGGGAGCACUGAGAAGCAAUCCAUGGAAAAAGGCAGCGGUUCUCGACCCGGGUUGGAAAGAAGAUUCUUGGGGCGAUGAACAAUGGACUACUGCCGGUGAUUCUGCGAAUAUCCAACCAUCGGCUCUGAAGAAAGAAGCGCCAAUACCUGCUUCAUUGAAUCCUUGGAAUGUUUUGAAUCAUGAAUCGAGUUCGAGUUCAUCACCAGCAACUGUCAUUAGAAGUGUAGCUUCUGGAAAACAAACUGAAAGCGGCAAUGUCUCAACUAAGGUGGAGCCUUCUGCAGGUGGCGCAGAUGGAGGAAACUCGGAUGCAACAGAAGCUGCUGAAGUUGUAGAUGAUUGGGAGAAGGCUUUUGAAUGAGAGAAAGUAAUGAAGAACAAACAAAAAUUACAAUCUUUUUUGUUGUUAAAAUUUCAUUUUAUACUGUUGAAAAGUAGACAUGCAUGAGGUUUAUGGUAUCAUCUUGCCAUGUUUUGUCAGUUUUGGUAAGUUGAGGUUAUUUUCCUCAUUUAGGUAAAUGUUUGAAAAUUCAAACCCAUUGGAUCUUAUUACCCAGACUGAGCAAUGGGGUAUUUGACUAAAGGGAAAAAAUGCAUUUUGUUAGUGCUCUAUAUUUUCUCAAAGUGCAUUGACCAGUUAAUGAAAUCUUAUUUUGAUUUUAUAUUCAUUGAA